GCCAUUGUUGCCCCGGAGCACGCGCAGUCCACGGACAGAGCUGUCCCUGCUUCCGCCCCCAGCUUCCAAGUGCCAGAUGAUGGAGGAGCGGGCCAACCUGAUGCACAUGAUGAAGCUCAGCAUCAAGGUCUUGCUGCAGUCCGCCCUGAGCCUGGGCCGCAGCCUGGAUGCAGACCACGCCCCCUUGCAGCAGUUUUUCGUGGUGAUGGAGCACUGCCUCAAACACGGGCUGAAAGUUAAGAAGAGUUUUAUUGGCCAAAAUAAAUCUUUCUUUGGUCCUUUGGAGCUGGUGGAGAAACUUUGUCCAGAAGCAUCAGAUAUAGCCACUAGUGUCAGAAAUCUGCCAGAAUUAAAGACAGCUGUGGGAAGAGGCAGAGCUUGGCUUUAUCUUGCACUCAUGCAAAAGAAACUGGCAGAUUAUCUGAAAGUGCUGAUAGACAAUAAACAUCUCUUAAGUGAGUUUUAUGAGCCAGAGGCAUUAAUGAUGGAGGAAGAGGGGAUGGUGAUCGUCGGUCUGCUGGUGGGACUCAAUGUUCUUGAUGCCAAUCUCUGCUUAAAAGGAGAAGACUUGGAUUCUCAGGUUGGAGUGAUCGAUUUUUCCCUCUACCUUAAGGAUAUGCAGGAUCUUGAUGGUGGCAAAGAGCAUGAAAGAAUUACUGAUGUCCUUGAUCAGAAAAAUUAUGUGGAAGAGCUGAACCGGCACUUAAGCUGCACAGUUGGGGAUCUUCAGACCAAGAUAGAUGGCUUGGAAAAGACUAACUCAAAGCUUCAAGAAGAGCUUUCAGCUGCAACAGACCGGAUUUUUUCACUUCAAGAAGAGCAGCAACAAUUAAGAGAACAAAAUGAAUUAAUUCGUGAAAGAAGUGAGAAGAGUGUAGAGAUAACAAAACAGGACACAAAAGUUGAGCUGGAGACUUACAAGCAGACUCGGCAGGGUCUGGACAAAAUGUACAGUGACGUGUGGAAGCAGCUGAAGGAGGAGAAGAAAGUCCAUUUGGAACUAGAAAAAGAACUGGAAUUACAAAUUGGGAUGAAAACGGAAAUGGAAAUUGCAAUGAAGUUACUAGAAAAGGACACCCAUGAGAAGCAGGACACACUCGUCGCCCUCCGCCAGCAGCUGGAAGAAGUCAAAGCGAUCAAUUUGCAAAUGUUCCACAAAGUUCAGGACACAGAGAGCAGUUUGCAGCAAAAGGAUGAAACCAUCGCAUCUUUUGAAGAAAAAAUCAAUCAAGUCAUGUCCAGCAUGAAACAGAUGGAAGAAAGGUUGCAGCACUCGGAAAAGGCGCGGCAGGGCGCCGAGGAGCGGAGCCGCCAGCUGCAGCGGGAGCUGGGCUGCCGAGUGGGUGCCCCGCGGCUGCAGACAACUAACUCACAUUCGUUUUGGGAAAAUAGCUCAAGUCUUGAGAAAGAAUUGAAAUCAGAAAAAGAGCAAAGGCAGGCCCUCCAGCGGGAGCUGCAGUGUGAGAAGGACACCGCGUCGCUCCUCCGGGCAGAGCUGCAGCAAGUGGGAGGGCUGAAGCGGGAGCUGCGAGCGCUCCAGGAUGAGAAGGCAGAGUUACAGAAGGUUUGUGACGAGCAGGAACAAGCCCUCCAGGAAAUGGGACUGCACCUCAGCCAGUCAAAGCUGAAGAUGGAAGACAUCAAGGAAGCCAAUAAAGCACUGAAGGGCCACACUUGGCUGAAAGAUGACGAAGCCACCCACUGUAAGCAGUGUGAGAAGGAGUUCUCCAUCUCCCGGAGAAAGCACCACUGCCGAAACUGUGGCCACAUCUUCUGCAACACGUGCUCCAGUAACGAGCUGGCCCUGCCCUCCUACCCCAAGCCCGUGCGUGUGUGUGACAGCUGCCACACCCUGCUCCUGCAGCGCUGCUCCUCCUCCACAGGCUCCUAAGGCCUCGGGACAGCGCCAGCCUGCAGGGGUUCGAGGCUCAGAGCUGGUUUCCCAAGAGAAUCUAAGGAAAGAGCCGUUCCUGGGCCGACUGCCAGCACUUUCAGAGUUGUAUGGAACGAACUCUGGAUUGAAGCUUCCUUCUCAGUUGGCGGCAUCACCGGUUUAGGGUCAGAAGUAACUUCAUGGUUUUGCUACUGUCAUUUUCACUUUUUCAAGAACUAAUCUAUUUUGCAGCAGUUGUACUAGUGUAGUGAGUAAUCAGUUCCUCUCCCCGCACUGCCCUGUGUGCCUUCCCUGCUUGAGUCAAGAAAUGGGCCCUUUCACACCCUUGUAAGUCACUUCUCACUCUUGUGCAGGGAAUAAAGGAGCUUGUGUCAACCUGA